AUGUGGGGCUUGCCUUCUAUGGGAACGCAAAGAAUUGGUACAAUAUGCAGGUGUUUGCCCGAGCUGGAGACCCUCGUCCUCGGGGGGGUGCGGGAUGCCAACGACAAUGUAGAAUACAAGAGCAACGAGCUCAGCGGCUUGCCCCACGACCUCUUCGCCACCAGCGCGCGGCUCAAGACCCUUGACCUGAGCCACAACACGCUGCACGCGCUGGAGGUCGACACCUUCCAAAGACUGGGCCAGCUGCAGCAUCUUCUACUGGACCAGAACCAGCUCCGAGAGCUUCCGCCCGACAUCUUCCGAGGCCUCGGCCAUCUGCAGUAUCUCGGGCUGGGGCAGAACCAGCUUGGAGAGCUCCCGUCCAACCUCUUCCAAGACCUCGGCCAGCUGCAGACGCUUUUCCUGGGCAAGAACCAGCUCCGAGAGCUCCCGCCCAAUGUCUUCCGAGGCCUGGGCCGGCUGCAGUGGCUUUUCCUGGGCAAGAACCAGCUCCGAGAGCUCCCGUCCAACAUCUUCCAAGGCCUCGGCCGGCUGCGGUCGCUUUUCCUGGAGCAGAACCAGCUCCAAGAGAUUCCGCCAGAUGUCUUUCAAGGCACCCAGCUGCUGGAUCUGGGACUGGACCGGAACCAGCUUCGAGAGCUCCCGCCCAACCUCUUCCAAAGCAUCGACCAGCUGCAGUUUCUUUCGCUGGACCAGAACCAGCUCCGAGAGCUUCCACCCAACGUCUUCCAAGGCCUCGGCUGGCUGGCAUGGCUCCGUCUCAACCAGAACCUGCUCCGAGAGCUUCCGCCCAACGUCUUCCAAGGCCUCGGCCAGUUGAGGUGGCUUUUCCUGGACCAGAACCAGCUCCAAAAGCUUUUGGCAGGCGUUUUCCGUGGCCUUCGCGGGCUAGAGGAGUUGCGUCUGGAUUACAACGAGCUGAACGAGCUUCCUGUGGAGCUUUUCCAAGGCCUCAACCUGAAUUUGCUGAACCUCUCCUCCAACAACAUCAGCCAUCUGCUGCCCCAUGCGAUCCCCAGCCGCGGGACCGUGUUGCUGAGAGGCAAUCCCCUCUGCCAUCAGAGUUCCAUCGACGUGCAGUGCUAG